AUGGAACCCGUAACGGCCACCGCGUUAAACGCAUUUCUUCGCGGUUUACCGGACGAAAUAGGCCGAGCCGUGGAAGCGCGAGACCCGGAAAGGUUAGUAGACGCGCUAGAUAUCGCUUUGAGAGUAGAAACGCGUUUGAAAGAUCGACCGUACACGUCGUACGAUUUUUAUCGUCCGUCCUAUGAACGCGCUGAUGAUUACGAUUACCGAUCUCGUUACCACGACAACCCGAAUAGAAAUCGUAGCUACGCGUAUCCCAGAUACAGCUCGCCGGUGCGAGCGCCAGAAACGUCGCGUAACAUCUCGUAUUCGCGUGAUAGAACACCGAGUCCUGUUAGAAUAUUGCACAGGAGAGAUUUGACCGCAGAGGAACGAACGUGCCCGUGUUGCGCGCAUCCUCAGCAUAUGCAUACGAGAUCGAGCAUGCAAGCGGUUGAUAGACGGGAGAAUCCACCUACAAGAACGCGGCAGGAAUAUCUUCGCCAAGAGCACGCCGAAAUUUCGUUCGCGAAUAAUACACUAGUCACGAGCACAGACCCGGUUCGUCCGAUCAGAUUCGUCGAUCAACGCUCGUUAGAUUAUCACGAAAGGCGUAAACUAGAACCGCGUACGUACAUUAUAAAAGCUCGUACAAGACAACCCAUCGCGAUCGAUGUCGUUAAUGAUAAACUAAAAGAAGGCUCUUUGCCGCGUUUAACGACAGUUGACGGCCUGUAUUUCGGCGAGGCUGCUGUUUCGGUUAACAACCAGGGCGUAUGCCAUGUAUUAGCAAUAAACUCGCUCAACCAAGACCUUGAAUUUACAGUACCUGCACAGGAACUGAUACCUUUUGACUAUCCUUGUUUUCCGGAAGAACAAGAUGAUACGGAUACCGAUAGUACACCUAAUGUAACGACAGAUAGAGUUACAGAAAUUCUGAAUAGACUACGAUUAGACCAUUUAAGCGACGAAGAACGUGAGCAUGUAGAAAUGAUAGUCGAGGAAUUUCCUGAACGUUUUCAUCUUCCAUCCGAUAAACUACAGGCUAGUAAUUACAUAAAACAUAACAUACCGACAAUAGACGACAUACCACUAAACACACGACAAUACAGAUUUCCACCCAUACACAAACAAGAAAUAGAACGACAGAUUUUGACCAAAUUAUCCAAUGACAUUAUUACUCCUUCAAAUUCACCUUAUAAUUCUCCUUUGUGGAUAGUACCCAAGAAGCCAGAUUCAAAGGGAAACCCACGUUGGAGAAUGGUAAUAGACUUUCGAAAGCUAAAUGAAAAAACAAUAGGUGACGCUUAUCCUUUACCAAACAUCACUGAAAUAUUAGAUCACAUCGGAGACGCACAGUAUUUUUCCGUUUUCGACUUAGCUAGCGGGUUUCAGCAGAUCGAAAUGGAUUCCAAAGAUCGCCAUAAAACUGCCUUCAGUACACCAAAUGGGCAUUACGAAUACAUUCGUAUGCCCGAAGGUUUGAAAAACGCGCCAGCUCCAUUUCAACGGCUUAUGGACCAGGUUUUACGCGGGUUACAAGGUAUCGAGGUUUUCGUGUACUUAGACGAUAUAGUCGUGUAUGCGAAAAAUUUAGAACAACACGGUAAGAAAGUUCGACGUCUAUUCACACGUCUAGCCGACGCCGGUUUAACUUUGCAACCCGACAAAUGCGAAUUUGUUAAAACCGAAGUCGCGUAUCUAGGACAUGUUAUCAGUAAACGUGGAGUCCGACCUGAUCCUAAAAAGAUCGUCGCCGUUAAGAAUUUUCCGCGGCCAAAGAACGCGAAAAAUAUUAGACAAUUCCUAGGUUUGGCGGGUUAUUAUAGGCGCUUUAUCGAGAAUUUUGCGGAAAAGUCAAAACCUCUUCCCGAUCUGUUGAAAAAGAACGUACAUUUCAUUUGGGGAAAGGAACAGAAAAAGAGUUUCGCCGCGUUACGAAAAGCACUGUGUCGCGCACCGAUCUUACAAUAUCCUAAUUUUGAUAAGCCGUUCACAUUAACUACCGAUGCUUCAGAUUUUGCAAUAGGAGCCGUUUUGAGUCAAGAGAAGGAUGGGCAUGAUUUACCGGUAGCAUACCUUUCUCGCACUUUAACUAAACCGGAACGGAAUUACUUUACUACCGAAAAGGAAUGUUUAGCCGUUUUAUAUGCGGUAUUGCAUUUUCGACCGUAUCUUUACGGUAGAAAAUUUAAAUUAGUGAGUGACUAUGAGCCGUUGAGGUGGAUAAAUUCAAUUAAGGAUCCCGGUCAACGUUUAGUACGUUGGAGAUUGAAAUUACGGGAUUACGAAUAUAAUUUCGUGCACAAACCAGGGAAAUUCAAUACUAACGCUGAUGCCCUGUCGCGAAACCCCAUUGUCGUGAAUGAAUUAAACACCUCAGACGAUUUCUUGCUAGAUUCCUCUUCAGAUGAGGGACAGCCUGCGAGCCUGACAGGCAUGGAAGAAUCCCCCCAGGCUGCUCCCCUCACGGUAAAGCGUGAACCGCCCUCGGUUAUUAAAACGAUUGCAAGAUUCUUACAUACGAGCGCGCGUGUCAAAUUAAACACUGCGCGUCGUACCAUGAAACCCAAAGUCGUUUUAGCGGUUACGGAUUCACCUGACACAUCCGGUUCCGAACUAGAACCUGCGAUUGUCAAACGAAAGGUAGGAAGGCCAUUAGGAUCAAAAACAAAACCGAGACCUCCACCUAUUCAUGAUCCUGAAGCCAUAUCUACUCGAACUCGGCUCAGAUCUUCAGAUAAACCAACUUCUCAAUCUUUAUCAACUCCGCUCCAUUCAAAACCUGCUAUCAUAAUCACUUCAAAUACAUCAACAGACAUAACUACAGACAGAACCACCAAUUUUCAAAGUGAUCAGGAAUUCUUUGACUUUUCACCUGACAAAGAGAAUUUAGAACAAACUCAAAUCACUAAGAAUUCAGAUACGGAGACUGACGUUGACGACUUAUACAAACACCUAGACGACUUAACGCAACGGACGCAUGACGUUACACAGGACACUAUAAUAUACAGACCACAUUACCAAUCGCAAUUACCUCCUACACCACCAUCCUUACCGCCAAUAGCCGUAUCAACACCACAAAAUAGAACAAUUUCAAAACCGAACCCUCAGACUCAGGAUGAAAACACUUUGGUGCAAACCGACGUGUUACCACACACUUCCUCCGCGAAUAUACUCAUGGAUUCAGAGGAUCUAUACUCGGAUCCGCCUCGGAAAAUAGAAAUUUCAAAAACAGUAACUUUUGCUUCAGAAAACUUGACCUACUACAGGGACAAUUAUGUGCAUUUUCGUAGUAGCGAUUUACGACUCGCACCAGUAAGCGAAUUGCUCGUCGAUAUUGGCGUAAUAGACCACGAAACGCUAAAAAAAUCGGAAUUGAAACCGGGCAGUAUAAUAGUGACGGACCGCGUACACGCAGCCACAACCCUGCGGAUGGACUCGGACUUGUCCGACGGGCCAAAAUCGAGGGACAUUCCACCAGGAGCCCCUGGCGACCUUCCUGAUGCUGAGACGGAUCCAGUCUACACCUUAUGGCGGAGGCAAACUAUUAGCCUCUAUCUUCACCUUGCGGAGUCCAGACAUCGUACGCAACGAGGUAAAGCGGCGGUACUGAGCCUUUAA